AAAAUUAGAAUAGCCCCCAUUCGCGCCUCGGAUCGCAUCCUACGGAUGUUUCACAUCAUCACGAUGGCGAAAAUGAGGAAAAUUUGGAAAUGAAACCCAAAUUAUUGAUAGUGUGCGCUGUACUAGCCGUGCUUAGCGGUGGCGUGCAUUCGAGAGCACUCAAUGGCAAGUUUAGCCAGGGUGUGGAUGCCAGUUCCAUAUCGCCUUCGCCGGCUGUUCAGGUGCCUACUCCAUUUGGGAUUGACCCUACACCAACUGUCAAGUACCCGCAGGCCACACGUACUGCGGAAGUCCCUUCUCAGUUGGAUGGUAAUGUGAUAGCGGAUAAGCCAACAGACAGAUUCCAGCAUGGUGAUAACCAUGUGAAUCCCAAUGAUGUUGAUAAGUCAUUUCACAGGAGAGAUGUUGAGGAAUUGCCUGACUGGAUCGAUGAUGAGUCCAGUGGAGAAGACUUUCCAUCUUCUGAUGCUUCGAUCCUGUCCGAAAAUCUCGCAACAGAUGAAGGUUAUGACUCUGAAUACGAUGAAGAGUCUAGCACCCAUCUUCCGCGUAUGGACAUGGACCAGCCAGAUACUGUGCUUCCUGACUAUUCCUCGGCUGAUGACGUUGAUGGUUCGACAGCCCAAGACGAUGACCAGUCCGUGGAAGAUGACCAGUUCCAGGAAGGUGAUCAAUUCCUAGAUGAUGUCCAACCCCUAGAUGAUGACCAAUCCCUUGAAGAUGAACAAUUCCCGGAGGAAGACCAGUCACUCAACAAUGAUCAAUUCCAUGAGGAAAACCAGGAAGAUGGGACGGACGAUGAAGGCUUUGACUCAGGUGAUGAAGAGGACAGCUUGACUUCUGAAGAAGAGGAAGCCGACGAGCAACCAGCAACAUCAUUGCCUACCAUCAUCACUGAACUUGUCAACAAGUACGUCUAUGGCGGAGACAAUAACGUCGAUGAGUUCAGCGAGGAGCAAGCCACAUCGUUUCCCACCAGAAUCACGGAAAUGUUCAGCGAGUACUUGAACCUGGGAAGAAAGACUGAUUCCUCAAAUGCCGGUAAAGAAGAUCUUGGCCAAGAGGAAGAGACCAUCCCAUUCCCUACCAGAGUUGCUAACCUGGUCAAUAAGUACUUGAAAAGUGGAGUCGAGACAGAGGAUCGUCCAACCAGAGUUACGGAGAUUAUGAACAGUCUUUACCGCGGUCGCAAUAAACCAGACUCCUCGAAUAAUGAUCACAAGAGAGCACCAGCCACGGCUUUUCCUACCAGAGUGAAAGAACUUCUCAACGAGUACCUGUACAGUGGAGGGAAUAGAGGCAAGUCGCUGGACGGUGAAAACCAGGGGACUGUGCGAGAAGAACAAGCAACGGCUUUCCCUACCAGGGUAACAGAGCUGUUCAACAAGUACCUCUACACAGGAAGAGAUGAUUCACUCGAUGCUGGUGGCGAAGAACAGACCACCAUGUUCCCAACCAGGGUAACUGAAGUGGUCAAUAAGUUCUUCUAUCCUGGAGAGUCACCCACCCAAGCAACGAAGGGCUACGCAUUCCCCACAAUCGUCACCAAGUUAUACAACAACGUCCACAAGUUCUUUAAGGGGUUCUCGCGGGAUCUAUCACAAGUGAAGAAUUCUGAAGUAAACCCUAAAUUCAGGCACCGCCUUCAGAAACGUGAUCUGGACAUAUCUCAAGGUAUUCCUGGAGAGGAACUUCACAGUGCCACUUUGUCUUCUGAGGAACAAUGGAAACACGCCAAGAAGGGGGAGAGCAUUCGUCCAAGCGACGAACAACUUCCGAGUAUUGGUGGCGGGCUUGAUCCAUCCUUCGGUUCAAGUCACCACGAGUUCCGCAGAAGUCUAAUGGGUGAUGACCUGGGUGAGAGACGUUCUGGCUCUUCACUUACGGGAUCUGAAGGAGGUAUCGACGAGCUUCACUCCUCCGUGUCGACUGUUGAGGAUACCAUCAGGGAAGCUCCCAUUGGGACGUCUGACGCAAGGGGCUAUGCUGGUAAACAUAUGGAAGCCAAACCGCAUAAAAAGUAUGACCGCAUCAUCAACGGUAAAAAGAAGCGAUUUGGUCUCUUGCCAACUGAGGAGAACUUCAUCUUUAAUGAGGAUGGCUCUGUCACUCCGAAGCCCGGCUACUCCCUCGGGAAAAAAGGCUACGUCGGCGACAUCUCCAAGCUCCCUGGAAUGGACAGUGACGAACAUUUUCAGAUCGACGUCGAUGAUGAUGAGCCAGACGAGCUAGAUGAAUAUAUCCCUGGUCACAUAUCACCGUCUUCUGAGGAACAAUGGAAACGCGCCAAGAAGGGGGAGAGCAUUCGUCCAAGCGACGAACAACUUCCGAGUAUUGGUGGCGGGCUUGAUCCAUCCUUCGGUUCAAGUCACCGCGAGUUCCGCAGAAGUCUUAACAUGGACGAUCUGAGCGAGGGACGCGCUGGCUCUUCACGUACGGGAUCUGAAGGGGUUAUGGACGAUCUAGACUCCACAAUGUCGAAUGUCGAGAAUAACAUCAGGGAAGCUCCCCUCGGGACGUCUGAAGCAAGGGGCAAUGCUGGUAAACAUAUUGAAGAUGAAAGGGAUUAUGUGACCUCCCCUCCCCGCGUCGACGAGGACAUCAACUUGCACUCAUCCAAGACCGCUGAGCCGCAGUACAAAGGCAAACGUGAAGAAUCCCUUAUGCAGCCUGAAGAUCUUACAGAAACCAACACACCCGAAUACUUUGCUACGAUGGGAGACACACGGGAAGGGAGAACUAAACGUCGCAAACGAGCCAUAUACAACCAUCACACGGCGAGUAAACGCAAACAAGAUGAGGCUGCCGGCGACUCUCAAUGUGCUAAUGCCCUGAUUGGCGGCUUCACCAUCUUCUGCUUCUGGGUGAUGUUCUUGUUAGUCCUCUUCCUGUCACUUUUUACCAUUCAAACGCAUUUCCACCUAUGGCAGCAUCUGCAGCAGUGGCGUCGCAAGAAAAAAUCCGGCCGUGUUAACUUUGACCUAGAGAGUGGAGUUCAGGACGAUGAAGUAACGAUCUUCCAGAAGAAGGAACGCUGUCCUACAGGCUACCCCAAGCCCUCAAGUGACGCUCCCUUGACUGAGAUUUGCGUCCAGAAGUCAACUGCCAGAGCCACCAGACCCCAGGUCAAGCAACCUGCCGUGCUGAUUGAGGUACCCAACAAGUCGCAGUUCGUGGAUGUCCAGGAAGGUUUUAAUUACAGCAAGAAAGACCGCAGGAGCUCCGAGAAGAGACGCGUUAUUCAGCGCGUGACGUCACAGCCCGGAUCUCAGGGUUUGCUAUCUUCCCUUAGUUUUGCCAAGUCAGUCAUCUUCGAAGGUGACGAGGCCAAGAAAAAGAACCAAAAGGCUUCUGAGAAGGUAAAGGUGAUCCAAGGUAACACUACUCGAGACACUCGCCGCCAUUCUAUGGUUGAUGAUCUGCAAUACGCUAGGUCUGUUAUUCUGGAAGAAAAAGUGGACAAGGCCCACGACCGGAAGGCAUCCGAGAACAGAAAAAUCGUUCGAAGGAAUACUGGUGAUUCUAAAGGCCGUAGGUUUUCCAUGGCUGAAGAUCUCGCGUACGCCUGCAGCGUUAUCGUUCCACAUGAGGAAGACAAGACCAGGGACCAUCACGCUAGUGAGAAACGUCGUGUCAUCAAGAAGGAGACUUCAAGGCGACACUCGCUGCUCGAGGGGGUGGAAUUCGCGCACUCGGUGAUCAUUCCCGAUCAGCAUGUACAGCAGCUUGAUAAGAAGGCUGCUGACCGACGCGACAAGAUCCAACACACGCCCAGCACCAACAAACGCCAGCAGUCCAUGCAAGAUCACAUCGAGCGAGCCAGGUCCAUCGUCCUCUCGGAACAAGCCUCCGCCAGCAGCAGUGAACAACUUAAGUCUCGCCGAUCAAAUAAGAACCGCCGAUCCAGGCAUAGCCGAUCACGCGACUCGGGCGAAAGCUCAACUAGCUCAGCUUAAACCCCUGACUUCACCUUAAUUUCAAGACUACGACUUCUAUACUGGAAAUACCACUGGAACAUUUUGUAUUUACUCUGUUUUUAACUCUUACGCUCUAUACUUCCCCGCGUCUUUGCCAUCUUUUUGACGCUGCUCUCAGCGCUGUUGUCAACCCGUGUAAGGGCCCGCACUUGUUUGAUGACGCCACGCUGAACCAUGUAUUUCCGACCUCCUCCUCUGGCUUGUGUGCUAUCUUUUAACCCUGUGAACAGCACAAUUUGAUACAGGAUUAAACCUGAUUUUAAAAAAUCAUUUUGUCACGGGUUUUCUUAAAGGGAUGAG